UCAUAUUUUAUUUGGAUUUUCAUUUUGUUAGCUACCAAAACACUAUGUCAAAUCUUCCUCCCUUUGGCCGUUCACGACAACGUCCUUCGCGGGGGAGGAUGCUUAAGUAUAAGCCAUCGCCGGAGCCGGCUUCUCCUUUGAAAUCAUCCCCCACCUGGCUUCCUUCUCCUGCCAAGAAACCCACGUCACCCAUUCCGUCGCCAAAAUAUGGAUCUUCCCUCACACGUCUGCCCAGCCCGCCGCCGCCGAAGGACCAACUAUCGCCUCCGCUUUCGCCUGCAAACAAAUAUCCCCACAGGUGGAUAGCCCAAACAUCCCCACUUCAGUCGCCGUCAAGGUCGCUGCCAACAUCGCCGCUGCCACCUCUCACUCUACCGCCUACCCAGCUCACCGCCGUUAAUGGAACUACCACUCAACCCAGAAUUCAGCCUAGCAUGGUGUACAACAAGACCGUUGAGAAGCCGGUGAAGUCUGAUCGGCCAUCGGAGUAUGGCUCGGGAAAGCCACACGAAAAGCAGAAGGCAGCGGAUUCUAUAAACCUCGCCGGACAUAACGUGGGCGCAGUCAUGGAAAUAGAUAAGUCAUCG